AUGACCACGAUACUCCAGGGGCUGAUCACGGUCAUUCUGGAUCUGAAGGCAGAGCAAACGGACAGAUUGAGUGAGCGCGGGAGAUGUGUCUUGCAUGACGAUCGAUCUCUGGAGCUUGUAUGCCUAGCAAGGCACACCGGACCACCCCACUAUUACGGCUGUAUGCGUAAAUCUCUUACGGAAGCAGGAUCAGAAACCUGGGCAGACCCUGCAGCUAUCCAACGAGCACCAGCGAGAAGUUCGUAUCGCUCCAAGGCAUCAGUGCUUCGACAGUACAUGAUGCUGAAACUCGCGUUGGCGCGCCGGUUGAUCCCUCCUGCGUCACUGCUGGGCAAAGUCGCAAGAGUGCUAGAGUUGUUGCAACCAAUCGUUGCCUCUGCCGGAAACAUUAUCAAGGGCAGGAGCGAGUACAGGAGUGACAGAAGGUUUUACCUGAACUUUCGCCUCUCAAUCGAAAGUCUUUCGAUUGUGCUUGUAGAGAUGAAGUCUCUAAGCAGAACGAAGGCCCAAAACGCGGAAGAUCAUCGGGAACUUUUUGAUGGACUGAACUUGGCCAUAGUAUCGGGGCUGUAG